AUGCUGGCAAGAAAUUGUAACACAUUUCUUGGUGGGUUUCAUCAGAUACGUUCCUUCUUUUCUCGUCAUGUCUACGAACCUCGCCUCAUAGUGAGAAAUCCACUAGGAUCAGAUAAAAAGCCAUUGCCAGUCGAUCCUUUUAAGCCGGUGGUACUACUCAUCGGAUGGGCUGGAGCUGAGCAUGAGCAGCUAGCGAAGUACAGCGAUAUAUACACGGAACAAGGCUACCGAACUGUGUCCUUCAUUGCUCCUUGCUAUCACUAUACGACACCAAAUGCACGAAACGGUUUCUAUCUUUCACCUGUUUUUCGAGGAAUUGAUGCCAAGCCAGGAAACUUCGAGAGUUUCAAACACAGUCCGCUGAUAUGUCAUAUAUUCUCAAUGAAUGGUGUUAGAACUUUAAUAUCAUUGUGGAAAUGGACCGAAGCAGAAAGGAUGACUCAUCUUCGACAGCGAAUUAAGGGCCUGAUCUUCGACAGUGCUCCCGCUCGCACGACUGCUGGUCCAGACUCCCACGCUGUGGUCGUCUCCACUCCUCCAAUGGAAGGUUUCAGUUGGGUUAGUACGGAUACGCGACGUAAAAUGAUCAUGGUGGCAUUCAACCUCAGAAAGGCUUUGGCAAAUUCAGUCAGUGCCGUGUGGCCAGCUAUUCGACCCCAUCUUUCUAUGUAUUACUAUUUAAGAGAGUGUGCGGAUUUGCCUAAUUCUCUUCUUUUCCUCUAUUCUCGCGAGGACAAACUAAUUAGAUACAAGUAUGUGAAAAGAUUCUUGGAUCAUCAGAAGAGUCUGGGACGUGAUGUUGUUGAGGUCGUGUUCACGAAUUCUGAACACGUCCAGCACCUUCGCUCCCAUCCGGAGCAGUAUCGCUCCUCCUGCAUCGAAUUUGUGAAGAAAAUUGAGAAGUCGCUCGAACAAUGA